CCCCGGACACUUCCGCAUCGCUGAGCUCCACCAAUAGGAAGCGGAAAAGAGUUCCUGCAGUACUGUCGUGGACGCAGUGGCAGCUUCAGAAAUGUUUUAUAAACUUUUGAUAGUUGUUUUCCUCGCUGUUAGUUUACAGGGCGCGCCGGCAGAUGGACAGAAAAAGAAGGAGACCCUGCUGUCAGAGAAGGUCAGUCAGAUGAUGGAGUGGACCAGUAAGCGUGCAGUGAUCCGGCUGAACGGAGAGAAGUUCAGGAGGCUGAUCCGAGCCCCUCCACGGAACUACUCGGUCAUCAUCAUGUUCACGGCGCUGCAGCCGCAGAGACAGUGCGGAGUCUGCAAACAGGCGGAUGAAGAGUACCAGAUCCUUGCCAACUCUUGGCGUUACUCGAAUGCGUUUACUAACAGGAUUUUCUUUGCGAUGGUGGAUUUUGAUGAAGGCUCGGAUGUUUUCCAGAUGCUCAACAUGAACUCGGCUCCGACGUUCAUCAACUUCCCGGCCAAAGGCAAACCGAAGCGAGCCGACACGUACGAGCUGCAGGUCCGAGGCUUUGCGGCCGAACAGCUGGCUCGAUGGGUGGCCGACCGGACAGACGUGCAUAUCCGGGUGAUCAGGCCUCCCAACUACGCCGGGCCGCUGAUGCUUGGUUUGCUGCUGGCGUUCAUCGGCAGUCUGGCUUACGUGCGCCGCAACAACCUGGAGUUCCUAUUCAAUAAGAACGUCUGGGCUUUCUCUGCACUGUGCUUUGUUUUGAUCAUGACGUCAAAUCAAAAACCAAAUCAAAUACCACGAACACCAUACGCUCACAAGAACCCAAACACUGGUCAAGUGAGUUACAUCCACGGCAGCAGUCAGGCUCAGUUUGUGGCAGAGACUCACAUAGUUCUUCUCUUCAAUGCUGCGGUGACUUUAGGAAUAGUGCUGCUUCAUGAGGCUGCGACCUCUGACCUGGACGUCGGGAAGAGGAAGAUCAUGUGUGUAGCAGGAAUCGGGCUGGUGGUGCUGUUCUUCAGCUGGCUGCUCUCCAUCUUUAGGGCCAAAUAUCACGGAUAUCCUUACAGCUUCCUGCUUGGUUAAAUGAAGACCCUCGGAGGAACUGUGGCAAAUAUUGAUACGCAAAGUGCCUUAAUGUUUAAAAUGAGAGAUGGAUUUGGUAAAGUUCUGCUUGAGCCUGUAUGUGCCUUUUUGCUUUCUUUUUCUAUAUCACAGAUUAGAUUUGAAGAGUUUUUAAUGGUGGUCUAGUGUGGGUUACACAGAGGAUAAACUGAAGCAGAUACACCGUAUGGCAUCGCUUGCUAAUCAGCUUUUUUAGCUAAUCAAAUGUACAGUUUUAUAUUGAAUUUGGUUCGGUUAAUAUGAGUAGAUUUGGAAGACGCACAAAAGCAAGCAAGGUGUUUUCAAUUCUACCUCAUGUAUGUGCAUAUCGAGUGUUCAAAGUCAAAUCAAAGUCGGUGUAGCUUCUGAGGUAGUUCAGUAUGUGAUGGAAGGAGAGCUCAGGGUGAAUGAAAGUGUCACAAAUGUGGAGUGUUUGCUGUUGUCCUGCCUCAGGUGAUGAUUUCUGCCAUUAAAAGUGCCUUGAUUGCUU